CAAACUAGCUGCAUCAAACGGUCAGCUGACAGUUCCGGUGGAUUAUUGAAAGCUGUUUUAAAAAUAUUGUUCUAAAAUAGGAGGGUUAAAAUAUCCGUCGAUUAAUUCUUUGUUCGUAAAUACGUAUAAUAUUUCUAUGUGAAAGAGAAAAAGAAAAUUUCAGUUUCCACUUUGUUUACAUGACAUCACAACAGAGUAAAUGCGAAGUAUCUCGUCAAAGAAAAGAUAUACGAUAGCAAAUAUUUCGUUCACCACGUAUCAAGGAUGGCACUGUCUUCGAAAGACAUCGGGAAAUUGUUGGAUCUCCUCAAUGAGGAAAACUUGGAUACUAUCUUGGAGACCUUUUGCAACCAACUACAUCAGAGCUUCCCUAAGGAGGAGCGCUUCAAGGUUGGAACAGUACUGCUGCUGCAGUUACAGCAGGUUGAUCUAUUGCCUAAGCACACUCAACGUGUUGUAGCAUUAACGCUGCUGUUCGACCUAUAUCGAGGGGAACCGUUAGCUUUUACUCCUUUUGCUUCUGUAUUUGUACAGAUGCUAAAGUCUCAAGAAGAUAUUAACAACGGAAGCUCAAAACCAUCCAGCCACACUGGUCACAUACCAUUCCUGUCAAAUUGUGAGAAGAAUCUACUUGUCAAUUUGAUGGGAUACAAUCAGAAGGAUGUUAUGAAGAAAACGCCACGUCAGAUUGUAGAUGAAUUCUCAUUUUCCACUGUGCCAUCUAUCGAUCUGACCAAUUUGCAGCUGCAGUUGGCAGAACAUCAGUCUGAACUGCCAACCGUCAGUAAAUGCGGAAAUCCAAUAAUACUGCCUGAUAUGGAUCACUCCAAAGGAACAGAAUAUGACGCGGCCACAGUAAGAAAUAUAAUAGAAGAUCUUGCUACUGGUGAUCCGCCCCUAUGUAGACAGAGCUAUCGUCCAGAGUUUCUGAGGCUUGUACCACCAAUUUAUCAUUCUAUCAAUGAGAUUGCUUGGUUCCAUGUCACGGAACCAACUCAGUUUACAGUCGAGUACGACCCUAGUAUGUGCGUGUCAAACUGUGUCAGCUUUGAGGCACGUAAACUCAUGGGCAAAGCCUUCAAGAAUGUUUUAACACUGAUGCAGCAACAAAAUUUGAUCGGUGAAUUGGAAAAAGAUCCGAAACUCGUUUAUCAUAUUGGACUGACUCCGCCCAAAUUACCAGAUCUGGUUGAGAACAAUCCUCUAAUUGCCAUAGAGGUUUUACUAAAACUAAUGCAAUCCAGUCAGAUCACAGAAUAUUUUAGCGUACUGGUGAACAUGGAGAUGUCCCUUCAUUCCAUGGAGGUUGUGAAUAGAUUAACUACCACGGUGGACCUACCAACGGAAUUUGUACAUUUGUAUAUCAGCAACUGUAUAUCCACUUGCGAGACUAUCAAAGAUCGCUACAUGCAAAACCGAUUAGUGCGACUUGUUUGUGUGUUUCUGCAGUCUCUGAUAAGAAAUAAAAUCAUAAAUGUGCAAGAAUUAUUUAUUGAGAUUCAAGCAUUCUGUGUUGAAUUUAGUCGUAUUAGAGAAGCAGCCGCGUUAUUUCGACUUCUAAAACAACUUGAAUCUGGUGAUACCGGUGGACUUAAUGCUCCACCUGCAAGAUGUAGAACUGAUAUGUGUUAAAACAUGUAACUAUAUUUAUAGUGUCUGGAACAUUUAUGUAAAAAAAUACAAUUAAAGAAUUUGUUAAUUAAA